AUGACCAGCCGUGCUGUACCCUUAGAAGUAGCAUACACAUUAGACACAGAUUCCUGUAUAAAUUCAGUGAGAAGGUUCAUCUGCAGACGAGGCCCAGUCUCAACUCUUAGGUCCGACAAUGGAACCAACUUUGUUGGAGCCAGCCGUAAGCUCAAGGAAUGUCUGACUACUCUGAAUCAUGGUAAAAUUCAAAGAGCCUUUCUUCAGGAUGGCAUAGAAUGGAGAUUCAACACCCCAUCAGCUUUCCAUCAAGGUGGUGUUUGGGAGCGCCUGAUUCGCUCAGUGAAGAGUGUUCUUACCUCAGUCCUUAAACAGCAGACCCUGGACGAUGAAGGACUCCAAACAAUUUUUUGCGAGGUUGAAGCAAUAUUGAAUGAUAGACCUAUUACAAAGGCCUCAGAUGAUUCAAAUGACCUGGAAACCUUGACGCCAAAUCACAUUCUGUUGUUGAAGAGCAAACCAAUUAUGCCACCAGGACUGUUUAACAGAAAUGAUCUGUAUGUCAGAAAAAGAUGGAAGCAGAUACAGUAUAUGGCGGAACUCUUCUGGAAGAGGUGGAUUUCUGAGUACCUGCCAUUGAUGCAACAAAGACAAAAAUGGACAGUACGAAGAAGAAACCUCAUACCUGGAUAUGUUGUUCUUGUGGCAGAUGCUACAGCUCCAAGAGGAUCUUGGAUGAUGGGGAAAGUUUUAGAUGUCAGAUCGGAUGUGAAUGGAUGUGUGCGCUCUGUCCGCCUCCAAACGAAGACCAGCAUCCUGGAGAGGCCUGUGACGAAGCUGUGCCUGCUUCUGGAGGCAGCACGGCAAAAAUGACGCACAUCUUGGACACGCGCAAAUGUGACGCAGGACCAUACCAGAGCCUUAAGUGAUUUCCA